UCUGAGCAGACGGACAAUGGGUGAAAGGGAAAGAAUGAACGAUGAUAGAACGGACUCCGUUUUGCCUGAUGACUCUACGGCCCCUGAGGUUGGAGCACCGCAAUCUUCGCCGUCAGAACGUUCCUUUUUUCUAAAAGAAGAGAGUGGAAAGUUCCAGUCUUUUGAGUUCAUCAGGCAGGAAAACGCCAAAAUAUAUCUAUCUACUCCAGUAAGAUCAGGAGCAGGACCAUCAGAUGAAUGCAAUCGUCUUUUCCAAUCAAGUGAAUUUGAGGAUUUAAGCUCAAUUAUUCCCUCCCCCGGUGCAGCGCCUGUCGCUGAGAAUGAGCAAAUCGCCAACGUAUCUGAAGAGCACGGAAACAUAACAGGAGAGGGUCCAAAUCAAAUAGACGACAUUUUACACGCACAAGAUUUGCUGGCCGCAACUCUCUAUCAAAGAAUAGAGGAUAUGAAAUUAAUAAUUCAAAACUAUUUGCAACAAAAGCAAAUUAUACCAGCAGAAAACAAAUAUUUGGGGACAAGUUCCCUGCAUGUUGCGGCUAAAGGUAAUUUCGUCGAAGGAAUAGAUUUGUUUUUAAGCCGUGGUGCCCACAUAGAUAAAACCGACAAAAAUGGUUUCACGCCGCUCCAUGAUGCUGCAAUGCAAAAAUGCACAGACGCGGUCGAGUUUUUGAUCUCCAAAGGGGCCGAUUUGAAGGCAAUCGCAGGGAAGAGUCGGACGACGGCUUUGGAAUUGGUUCUCAGAAAAACUCCAAAAGCCAAAAACGCUAUUAAAAAAAGGCUUGACGCGUCGAUCGCUAUAAAUGAUCGAGUUGAAAAUAGUUCGAAAGUCACAUUAGAUUUUGACCUGAGUCCGUGGGAAAGCAAAAAUGUUACUCUUCUUCAUGUAUUUUCACAAUACAACGUAUUAGACCACCCUGUAAUACAGGUGCUGAUUGAGGAGAACUGGACGCGGGUUCGAGUAUGUUUCUUUAUACGAUUGUUUUUUUGCAUUGCCUUUCUCGUCUCUUUGGUCGCGUAUUGCCUACUACCAAACAAAUACACCGGUUACAUCAUUCUAUUUUUCGCCUGCUGUGAUUUUGUCUGGGAAAUUGGAUCCUUUGUGACUUUCACACGUAGUACAGAUGCAGGCUAUUUUAUGAAAAACUUAUACCAACAUGUAACUUCGUUUGCAAACUAUAUUAGCUGGUUUUGUUAUAUUUCAGCUUUUGUUAUCUGGCUCGGAGAUGACGAUUAUUUAAAAAUUAAACUCGCACCACUCGUUUGUUUGGCUUCCUGGUUCAAAUUGAUUUCGUACAUAGACCACCUUGAAUAUUUCUCCCUUUACAACAGCAUGUAUUACAACGUGAUGAUUUCAUUUGGAAAAGUGUCCAUUGCAUUUUCUUUCUACUUUUUGGGCUUUGUGUUUUGCUUUUGGAAUUAUUUUGGGUCGAAUAAGGUUGAAUUUGAAAAUUUAGCGUUUGCCGCUUUAAAAGUAAUUGGCAUGAUUGCGGGUGAGAUCGAUUAUGGAGGUUUGAUGGCUUCAUCUAACACUGUUAACACUGCAUCUAACAAUACUGCCGAAAGCCCUGAAAAGCAUACAAUGUUCCUUGGAAUCGUCGUUGCCGAACUUUUUCCCAGAGUUUGCGUUGCGAUUUUCGUUGUAUCAGUGCCUAUCGUUUUGAUGAAUUUGCUGACUGGAAUUGUUGUUGGGGAUAUCAAUGAAAUGAGAAACGCUGCUAAUUCAAGCCAAAUCAAGCGUAGAGUAGAUAUCAUCAAGCACAUCUCUGCUUUCAUAUCAAAUCUUCCAUUUAAUUGUUGUGAGCGAGAAAGGCCUGAAAAUGUUGAACGUGAAUAUGAUUUUGAAGAUAGCAGCAUGCCGGAUUAUUUGCACACUGCCUAUGAAAUCGCCAGAAGCAAUAAACACGUUAAUCAAACAAAUUUUCACGCAGAGACCAAUGCCGGAAUGGGGCGAGGCCCACAGGGCGAUAUCAUUGAGGAAGCGCAGCCCAGUUCAGCGGCGCAGUCCACCAUUUCCCAUAAGAUAAAUGUUGAAUUGACGAGCCGCAGCCCAUCGGGGUUGGGCCCGACUGCCCCAGCACCCAAUCUGGCAGAGACUACGGUGUAGCCUAAAAUAAUAUGUAUAAAAAGAAAUAUUCAGUUACUGUUGAAUUCAUUUAAUUUUUUUUUUUAUGUCUUUGUCUACAGAAAUAUACAUACGAAUGUUAUAAGUAAACGUAAAAUUUAAUAAUAGGUAUAAUAUUGUACGUUACGACGGUUGUAUUACUUAAAUUUACUGAAAAAUGUGUUUUUUUUUAUUUAUAUAAAUAUUGCAGAGCAUUCAUCAAACAACCCACAUUUUUAUGACAUUUCUUGGCGAAAAUGGCCUAAAAUAAUUUCCUCAAAGUAAUAAAAUUUCAAGAAAGGAUUCGUUUGUAAUUUUUUCCAAUUAAAAUAAAAUUUGUGUGAGAUUUACUAUAAAAAAAUUGUUUCUUAAGAAAAAAGUAGAUAUCAAUAUGCCUAUUUUUUGUGAUCAUAACUAAUAUGUAUUGAUCUUUAUUGACUUAUAAGGCAUCAACAAGAUGUAAUGACUUAUUGCGACUCGUCUCAUUUGCAACAUAGUGCAAAAAAAAAAAGAAAAAGAGUAAUACACGACAAAAAUAUUACAAAUGCAUUAAAAAUUAAAAAAAAACUUUUUGCUAUGAAAGUUAUGCGAGUGAACAAGUCGCCUCAAACUAGCUUUAAAAAUCUUCUUAGAAAUUAACAAUGUCUGGGCAUUUUGCCGACACGCUCAUAGCCCUUGCCUGAUAAUCAUCAACUUCUCUCUUUUUUUAAUAGUGCGGAUAUUUAAAAUCAAACUUACUGAUUCAGAGAUAAAUUUGAAAUAAAAAAAUAUACAAAAAAAAAAUAAAGGAAGGGGGUCGAACCGAGCGAAGAGCGGCCUCGCAGAACAAAGCGGCUCUGUACUGUUCCAACAUAUAUGCAUGAUAUCAAUAAAUGUGCUUUUCACUUUAUAACCACAAAAAUUUGGUUUUCAUUCAUCAUUCAAAAAUUGUUUUUAUAAAUAGAACUCAACUCGCGUCAAACAACCAACCUAUUUAUGAUGUGUUUAUUUUUUGGCAAGGCUAAAAAGUCUUGGUCUUUAAUUGAGAGGGCCACGUGCGUUUCCCUUUUUAGUGGUUUUUAAACCGCCUCACGCUAUAUUUUUAGCACACAUCCCUUCUGAGCCCGCAGACUCUCACGCAGUGGGGUCGUAAAUGUUGUAAAUAAUUUCUUUUUUAACAGGAGAGUUUGUUUCCUUGAAAGAUACGUCGAUGAAUCCAAACUCUUGAUGACGGCAAACUCCAGUGAAGUAUGUAAAUAAUUUACUUUUCAAUAAAUCUAAAUGCAAAUAGUAAAUAAUGCUUAUUGUCAGUCAAUUAUAGCAUUAUUGGCAUUGUAAUUUGGAGAGGGUCAAAUCAAGCGGUGGACGAGGUUUUUCUGGCGCAGAAAAAAGUGGCGAGAGCUCUUGCGGGUGAGCGGUAUUGGCGCAGUACAGACGUACAGAGCCUCUUUGUUCUGCAAUGCCGCCCGGUUCGACUUUCUUCCGGUUUUUAAAAUAACCUCUUUGAAUCAUGGAGGUUUGUUCUUAAAUAUUCGCAAUAUUAUCAAAAAAUAAGUGCUGUUCAUGAUUAUCUGACAAGGGCUAAAGAGUGAUUUUUGUAUGUUCCUGCUCAAACUUUGUUCAUUUCGAAGCAGAAGUAGCAGAACCCUUUGACCUUUUUCGAUUCGCUUGGAGCCUCGAUACAAGAUUUUUUAAACUAGUUUGAGGCGCUUUGUU